AUGCGUCAGAUCGAAAAACCUAGAUGUGGACGAUUAUCCGAACAGGGAUAUCCGUUAGAAAAGAAAAUUAAUUUUUUAUUUGAACUUCAAAGUGAAAAUAUUUAUAUUUAUGAAUUGAUGUUAACAAUGUAUACAAAUCAUUAUAUUGUUACUACCGAUAAUAGUGAUAUCGCAAUACAUAUGAGAAAUAUUCCAGAAACAAAAGGUACAGAAGCUGUUAAAGUAGGUGUACAAGAUUUUUGUCAAAGUCCACCAAACGGAGUGUUUUUUGGAGAAGCUUUUAAUGUAUCAGAUAAUGUUUCUCUCUUUCGAAAAAUGUGUGAAGAUGAAGCGAAAGCAUCUAUUACAAAAAAUGCUUUGAUUAAUCAAGUGGAACACAAACACAAAUGGAUUUCAGAGAGUUUAAGUAAAGUAUUAAAAUUUCAAAAUAAAAAUGUGCCCUGGUGA